AUGAACUCGAGCUUGGUUGUCAAAGCCGUCAACCCGGCAAGGCAACUCUCCCCGGCGCAAAUAUGGAGGAGGCAGAGGAUACCUACGUGCCGGCGGGAACGGGUCCGGCUGAGUACCGCCGCGUUGAAUGCUAGGCGCCAGGCCCGCCCGUCGCCCAGGAGCCCUUGCCAGGCGAUCGUCUCCAAGAGGGCAUUCCACGCAACACCAAGGACAUUCGCGCCGCAAAAGGACCCCUACAACACCCUCGGCGUAGGCAAGAGCGCCACCGCGGCCGAGAUCAAGAAGGCGUACUAUGGCCUGGCGAAGAAGUGGCAUCCCGACACGAACAAGGACCCGACGGCCAAGGACCGCUUCGCGGAGAUCCAAGGCGCCUACGAAGUCCUCUCCGACCCCAAGAAGAGGGAGCAGUACGACCAGUUUGGCGCGGCCGGUUUUGACCCCAAUGCGGGCCCCGGCAUGGGCGGCGACCCCUUCGGCGGCCAAGGGCACCCGUUCUCCGGCUUCGGCGGCGGCCAGGGCGGAUUCGGCUCCAACUUCAACUUUGAGGACCUCUUCUCGGCUUUCACGGGGCAGCAGAACCCCUUCGGACGCCGUGGCGGCGGCGGCGGGCGGAACCCUUUCCAGCAGGAGAUCCUGGUGGGCGACAACAUCGAGGUGCAGACGACGAUCUCGUUCAUGGAGGCGGCCAAGGGGACGAAAAAGACCAUCACCAUCACCCCGCUGGUGACCUGCAAGACGUGCAACGGCGACGGACUAAAGUCGGGAUCCAAGAGGACCGGCUGCAAGUCGUGCAACGGGACCGGCACGCGCGUCCACUUUGUGCAGGGCGGCUUCCAGAUGGCGUCCACCUGCACGGCCUGCGGCGGCACCGGCUCCACGAUCCCCAAGGGCUCGGAGUGCGGCUCCUGCUCCGGGGACGGCGUGGUCAGGGAGCGCAAGACGCUCACGGUGGACAUCCCCGGCGGCAUCGAGGACGGCAUGCGGCUGAGGGUCGACGGCGAGGGCGACGCGCCCAUCACCGGCAAGGCGGACCCGUCCAGCGUCCGGGGCGCGCGCGGAGACCUCUACGUCUUCGUCCGGGUCGCCUCGGACCCCAAGUUCAGCCGGUCCGGCUCCGACAUCCUCUACACCUCGACGAUCCCGCUGACGACGGCGCUUCUGGGCGGCGAGGUCACGAUCCCGACGCUGGACGGGCAGGUCAACGUCAAGGUCGCCACGGGCACCAACACGGGCGACAAGAUCACGCUGUCGGGCAUGGGCAUGAAGAAGCUGGGCGCGCGGCGCGGCGGCUCGGGCGACCUGCGGGUCGAGUUCCGCGUCGCCAUGCCCAAGUACCUGACCUCGAACCAGCGCACGAUCCUGGAGAUGCUGGCGGACGAGAUGGGCGACAAGACGGCCAAGCGGGUCAUGAACGUCAACUGGAAGGAUACUGAUGAUGCUGAUCCUGUGUCUAGAGCUUCGGAAAACCCCCACCAGAGCGAGGGCUUCCUCAAGUCGCUCUGGCACCAGCUCACCAACCACCCGGCCCACCAGAAGAAGCCCAAGUCCGGAGGCAAGACCGACGGCAAGGACGCGAGCGGCGGCGACAAAUCGUCGACCCAAGACAAGGAGGACAACAAGAAGUCUUCCAGCUGA